UAGUGACAGGGUGUACGUAGAAACAAGAAAAAAACUUCAUCGCAGAGCUUUUCUUCUCCAAGUGUACUUUGCGUAGCUCUGUGACAGACGCGGGCAGCUAUACCUUAAUGACAAAUUAACUGCCGUUUCAACUGAGCAAGAUUUUGUCGGCGAAGGUCACAGAUGUAAUGAAGAAUGUGUCCCUUGUGCUUUUUUAAACCUGUGUGUCAGCGCAUCUGACCGUUUUCUGGUCUUUGAAAUCUUUGGACUUGGUGGCUUAUUUUGUAGAUCGUGUGCUCUUAUUAACGGAUCCUAGUAAAAAUUGACUUCAUCCAACAUGCGACCCAUCCCAUCCAGGCUCAGCUGUGUGUUUCUGCACUUAUUUGCAUUGUUCUACUAUGCGCAGGUAACCAAUCAGUCCCCGCCUAAUUUCACGCAGCAUGUAAGCGAACAGAGCAAGGUGACGGACCGCACGAGCCGCAGGUUGAUCCGGAUCUACCAGCUUUACAGCCGGACCAGCGGCAAACAUGUACAGGUCCUGCCCAACAAGAAGAUCAACGCCAUGGCGGAGGAUGGAGAUGUGCACGCUAAACUCAUUGUGGAAACAGAUACUUUUGGAAGUCGAGUGCGCAUCAGGGGAGCUGAGACUGGCCUAUACAUCUGCAUGAACAAGAGAGGGAAGCUCAUUGGCAAGAAAAACGGACAAGGCCGUGACUGUAUCUUCACCGAAAUUGUUCUGGAGAACAACUACACGGCGCUGAAGAACGUCCGUUAUGAGGGCUGGUACAUGGCUUUCACUCGCCGGGGGCGUCCGCGGAAGGGCUCACGGACACGCCAGCACCAACGUGAAGUCCACUUCAUGAAGAGGCUGCCAAAGGGGCACCAGCCCACCCAUCCGAGCCACCACCAGCCUUUUGACUUCAUCCACUACCCUUUCAGUCAAAGGACUAAGCGUACAUGAUACUCGUCAGAAAACUGAGGAGUGAAACGGACUGGAUUUCUCUUCUCUCCCCAAAAACCUCUGGAGACAUUUUUAUACUGAUAAAUAUCAUACCUUGAUAAGUAGUUUAUUUUUUGUAAAGUAAAAAAAAGCCACACAAAGACAAAAAACAUAUAUUUUUGUACUCCGGGCUUUUAGUACUGACUUAUGUAAAAAAGUAAAGAAAAAGAAAAGUUUGUUUUUAAAUCCUCAUGACUCAGUGUUUGACUUUUUGGGGAUUUCGUUUUCGUAGAGUGCCCUGUGUUGAUUAUUGUAUGUUGUUUUUAUCAGUGGAGUCAUUUCUUGGACUCUUGCCUGCUGCUCAAGGAGACUUGAAGGACCCUGAUUGACCUCACUGCCAGGCAACGCUAUAUUCAGACACACAAACUGUCUCGUAGUGUACAGGAGGCAACAAAGACUAUAAUAAGAACUAUUUGUUGGUAACACUGCAGUCCAUGCUUUUUGCUGGGCACUGCAUCCUGACUGGGAUCGCUCAUUAUCUCGCUUACACAGUUCAACCAAACAGACAUUCACUAGCAUUGAAUGGAACAACAUGGCAGCUAUAUUUGAUAUUCACAGGCUUGUGUUCUGACUGUUUUGUCUCGAUGUGUACAAAAUGCAUUGAAGUGUAAGUGUAGUCCAUGGACACAUCCCCUAACCCUUUGUCUUCUCGUUGCCCUCUGAAUGUCUGUUUUUAUACAUAUAUAAAUAUAUUUUUA